CGGCUUGCGGGCCUUUCAAACAUGGAGGAGCGGGAGCGGGGGGCGAGGUCGGCUCGCGCCGGGAGCCCCGAGCGCCCGCCCAGCCCGCGGCUGGAUGUCAGCUCUGACAGCUUCGACCCGCUGCUGGCCCUGUACGCGCCCCGCCUGCCUCCCAUCCCCUACCCCAACGCGCCCUGCUUCAACAACCUGGCCGAGUACGAGAGCUUCCUCAGGACCGGGUGCCGGGGCGGGGACGGGGCCGCCGGGGCGCGCCGCCGGGGCCCGGGUCGGAGCAGGAAGGCGCCGCGCAACGUGCUCACGCGGAUGCCCUUGCACGAAGGCAGCCCUCUGGGUGAGCUCCAUCGUUGUAUCCGGGAGGGGGUGAAGGUGAACGUUCACAUCCGCACUUUCAAGGGACUGCGGGGCGUCUGUACGGGCUUCCUCGUUGCAUUUGACAAGUUCUGGAAUAUGGCACUUACUGAUGUGGAUGAGACCUACCGAAAACCUGUUCUAGGCAAGGCGUAUGAACGGGAUUCUUCACUGACUCUCACUAGGCUAUUUGAUCGACUAAAGCUUCAAGAUUCCUCCAAGAAGGAAGCAGAUUCUAAGUCUGCAGUUGAAGACUCCACUCUCUCCAGAUACUCCCAGACAUCCACUUGGAAGGUGGCUUCAGUGUGGGGAAGAGGAGACACCGACCGGGGCUCACACAAACGUUCCCGCUCCGUCCCUUCUUCCCUGCAGGCCUCUACAAGGGAGGAGUCCAGGUCAGAGCUGUCAGGGAGGACUACACGGACAGAAGGGUCAAGUGUGGGAGGUACCUUUUCCAGGGCUACCACCCUUUCCAGGGGCCAGCCCCGUAAGAAAAAGCGAAAGCCCAAAGUGGAUUACCAGCAGGUAUUCACUCGACACAUAAAUCAGAUUUUCAUUCGAGGUGAGAAUGUUCUGCUGGUUCAUCUUGCACAGUGACCAGCUCAGCUUCCCUUGAGCUUUGGUUUUUAGAAAUAAAAUGCAUGAAUUGCUGCUAUGCCAUAUCCUAGUAUCCCAGUGAAACUCUGAGUUGGAAUGAUUCCCUCUGGUCCUGCACAUGCAGAGUAUAGAGCUGGGCUCGGGCCCUCUGGGAGGUGAACUCCCUGAAGGAGAGACAGGCCUUGGGAGGGUGGGUGGGUGUUUGCAUUAAUAUCAAGGCAAAAGCUGUACAGAGGUACAUGCAUCUGAUUUGGUAUCAUGGUCUACUUCAGAUACUCAAACCAAAUAUAGGAUCUUCCGUUUGAAUUAGGGGUCAUGGUAUGACUUGAAUUCACUCUACAGACACUGUAGCAUCGGGGAGAAAAAACCACCUCAAGAAAGAAUUAUCUCAUUUCUAAAAGCUGGUACCCUGAGUACUUGGGGAUUUGAUUCUAAGAGCAGCAGUAUGAACUGCCCUGGAGGCCUGCACCCACAUCUUGUAACUGACAUUUGAAUUUUGCUCUACACCAUUCUCUGUUGAUCAAGAAAUGUAAUUUAUUAUCUUUUAAUAUCUAUAAUAUCUCAGAAAGCUACGAACUUAUGUAAGAGUGAAAUUUGGAUAGAUAGUAUGCUCAAAGCAGCCAGCAGUGAAUGCUGUUUUAUCCCUCUCCUUGUUAUUGGUCUUCUCCUUACCAGAGGUAGCUUCUGCGAAUGGCAUACCAGAUGGGACUGUAAGAUGCUCGUGUGGUGGCUUCUUGUCUUUCUCUCUCACUUCUGUGGCAUGGUGCUAGUGCAUGUACCCUGAGUAUUGCCCCUCUGUGUGUGACCUGUCCUGUGAGCUUUAUGGCAGGAGACUGUGACCUUCAUGUCUGGCUUUAAAGAGUUCUGCAUGAACUCAGUGAUACCCAUGCAUCACACGACUGAGAGUCCCCUUUCCAGGCAGGGCUGGCCCUGUGUAGAAAUCUUCCCAAAUGGUUUUCCAUGAAACAGUGGUGGUGGUUUUAUUCCCUUGUGUCGGGCCAAAGAGGUUCUCACAAAGUGCGAUGGGUGGUGUCUGUAAGGGACACUUGACUCACAGCCUGGCUCAAGUAACAGGAACCUCGUGGCACCCCCUAGUACUUCUACUUGAAUCUUAUUAUAUGCUUUCUCAAUCACCAGUGCAGAAUAGGCUAUAUCUUGACAUAGACUGUUAGGCAAUAUUGAUUUUUUGUUUUGUUAGUUUAUAUUUGGUUUUAUUUUAGAUA